AUGACACUUCGAGACCCCCAGGCUAUGCCGUUGAGGGUGAUUGACUCUGCGACGCAGGAUGAUGCGGAAGUACUAGCCUCCGAUGGUGCCGGGUUAGCAGUAAAUACAGCUACGCCGAAGAGCACGGGGAGAAGAGGAGGAAUCAUGAAGAAGAUUAGUGCUAGCAGCUUCACAAGCAGCACAAAGAUUGAGGCUCUCGUGCAAGAACUCAACAUGGAAUCUGAGCAAGACAACCAAGUCAAGAGCAUCGUAUUUUCGCAGUUUUGUGCUAUGUUGGAUCUCAUUGAGUUCCGACUGAAGAGAGAAGGGAUACAGUGUGCCCAACUUACAGGGUCUAUGACUGCCGUUGCGAGAAGCAACGUGUUGUAUGCAUUCAACAACGAUCCAAACUUGCGGGUAAUCCUCAUUAGUUUAAAAGCUGGCGGCGAGGGGCUGAAUCUGCAAGUUGCUAGUAGAAUAUAUCUGAUGGAUCCUUGGUGGAACCCUGCAGCAGAGAUGCAAGCCAUCCAGAGGGCGCACAGAAUAGGUCAGACCAAACCUGUAAAAGGCGUAAGAUUUAUAUGCAGCGACACAAUUGAAGAGAGGAUCCUCCAGCUACAAGAAAAGAAACAGCUCGUGUUUGACGGCACUGUAGGAGCGUCGAACCAGGCGAUGCACAAACUAACUCAAGAAGAUCUUCGUUUCCUCUUUCAGUCUUAG